GGGAGAUAACAAGCACAACUUUAUCCUUUGCACACUUCAAGCCCUUGUGCGAGGGAGCUGCUGAAAAACUCCAGAAUACCUUUGUACCAAAAGACACACAACAGAUUUCCCUCUGUGAGCCUCUCUGAAGCCAAGACAUCACAAAAGCGGCUGGUGGGACUUGUCUCUUUUUCCCUCUCUUUCUCUCUCAGACCUGUUUCGUUCACUUUUUUUGUUAUUUAGGCAUAAGGGACUUAUUGUAGGAACCAGAAUCUCCGAUGGCAAAUCAAUGCCAUUUCAGGAAAUAAAGAAAAGCUGAAAACAGCAAUGGGUGAGUUUCCUUAAGUGUUCCUCUGUCUCCCUGUCUGUCUCUCUCUCCCCCCCCCCCUCGUUCAAAUCUAUUGGAGCAAUUGCUGCUAGUGAAACAACCGCGCUCUCUCACUCGCAAGCAGACAGAUGACUUGCCUCCUCACUGCAGCUUGUUGCAGACUUCACAAGGUUUCGCAGCCUGCAGGUUUUCCUUUUGCAGUCUAUUUUUUCCCCUAGUCCUGUUCAAAGUCGUUGCCACUUAAGGUUUUGCUAAUGAACAGCUGACUUGAUUUAUCACAAAGCUUCUCCCGUAAUAACUUGUGGAAGGAAAAGGCUGUUGGAAACAAGGCAAUAACGUUAAAAUGGCAGAUGACAUUAGUUUUCAAGAGCUGGAAAGUGAUGGGUCAGAAAACAGUGAAGAAACAGAGAUUGUCGUCAAUGUCGGCGGGGUGAGGCAGGUGCUGUACGGAGACCAUCUCAAUCAGUACCCAAAAACGAGACUAGCAGAGCUUGUGAACUGUUUAUCAGGGGGAUAUGACACCAUUUUCUCACUCUGCGAUGACUAUGAUCCUGGGAAAAGAGAAUUUUACUUCGACAGAGAUCCGGAUGCUUUUAAAUGCAUAAUUGAUCUGUAUUAUUUCGGGGAGGUUCACAUGAAGAAAGGGAUAUGUCCCAUCUGUUUCAAGAACGAAAUGGAGUUUUGGAAAGUGGAUCUUAAAUUCCUGGAUGACUGCUGCAAAACUCAUCUCAGCGAAAAAAAGGAAGAGCUAGAAGAGAUUGCCCGCAGGGUCCAGCUGAUUUUGGACGACUUGGGACUGGACACCUCCGAAAACCGCUGGAAAAAAUGCCAAAAGUACAUUUGGAAAUUCAUGGAAAAACCAGAAUCUUCAUACCCAGCUAGAGUAAUAGCAGUUGUGUCUUUUCUACUCAUCCUAACCUCAUCGGUAGUGAUGUGCGUGGGGACCAUCCCAGAAUUGCAGGUGGAGGACUCUGAAGGAAAAUCUGUUGAGCACCCAGUGCUGGAUAAGAUUGAGACAGCUUGCAUAGUCUGGUUUACUCUCGAGUAUGUCCUCAGACUCAUCUCAUCCCCCAACAAAUUGCACUUUGCUCUUUCUUUCAUGAACACUGUCGACAUAUUCGCGAUACUUCCCUUCUACGUCAGCCUGAUAUUGACCCACUUAGGUGCCAAACUGAUGGAGCUAACAAACGUGCAGCAAGCCAUCCAAGCGCUUCGGAUCAUGAGGAUCGCAAGGAUUUUCAAGCUGGCACGGCACUCCUCAGGUCUACAGACUUUGACCUACGCUCUUAAAAGAAGCUUUAAGGAGUUGGGGCUGCUCCUGAUGUAUUUGGCUGUUGGGAUAUUUGUGUUUUCUGCCCUCGGUUAUACGGUAGAGCAAAGCCACCCCGAGACGAUGUUUAAGAGCAUCCCCCAGUCCUUUUGGUGGGCCAUCAUAACCAUGACCACGGUGGGUUACGGGGACAUCUACCCAAAGACCACGUUGGGCAAGCUCAACGCUGCCAUCAGUUUCCUUUGCGGGGUCAUAGCCAUUGCACUACCGAUCCACCCUAUCAUUAAUAACUUUGUCAGAUAUUAUAACAAGCAGAGAGUUUUGGAGACAGCUGCCAAGCACGAACUGGAAUUGAUGGAGCUAAACGCAGGCGAUAGCAAGAAAGGUGGAAGCCCCAGUUGUGCACCUGCAUCUCUUCUGGAGAAAGGAAAGGAAGAUCCCCGGUGGAGCAGCCAUCUCAAAUUCUCCAACAGUGACACCUUCAUUCACCUCCUGUCAGAUAACCACCACCGAACCAGACUUCAGAGCUGUAAGUAGGCUGUGAAUUUGUCUCCAUUCGGCAGAAGCCUGGAAUACAAGUGACAAUCUCGUCCUGAAAUAAUAAAAGGGACUCUUUUGAGGUCAGCCUUUCUUUUUCAUGUGCAUAUAUUUAUACAUAGGCAGACAUAUAUAUGU